AUGACAGUCAUGGUCAACCACAACGACGACCUCCCCAUAUUCUGGCGGGACCACGGCGACAAGACCGCCUACGAAGCAGCACGCACGAGAGUCUUCAGCACCGAGCUCCCAGACCGCUACCCCACCGCCGUGGUGCGGCCCAGGACAGACAAGCACGUCGUCGACAGCAUCAGGCUCGCAGAAAAGCUAGGCGCCCGGGUGGCGAUACGCUCGGGCGGCCACAGCUGGGCGUUCUGGAGCAUCCGCCAGGACGCGGUGCUGAUCGACCUGGUGGACUACAAGCACAUCGGGUACGACGAGGCGACCAGGAUCGUCACGACGACGACGAGCGUUUCGAGUGCGGAGAUGACGGCCUUUGUGGCGGAGAGGUCCUGCGGGUAUUUGUGCGAGUACCUGAUCGGUCUCGAUGUUGCCACUGCGAAUGCGGAGGUCAAGCACUGCGAUGAGUUUGAGAACUCUGACCUGUUUUGGGCUGCUCGUGGCUCUGGGCCAGUCGUCUUGAGGUUCUAUUUCAAGACUCGACCGGCACCCAAAGUAUACAAGAGCAAUGUGUACAUUUAUCCCAUUAGCCACUAUGAAAAGGUCAUGAGGUGGAUGGUCAGCAUAAUCCCCACCAUCAGCCAUGAUAUUGUGAUAGCCGCCACCUCAGUCAUCCCACGAGGCCAGCACAGUCGUAUCCUAAUCGUACAAAGUACCGUCUGGGCCGACUCCGAAGAAGACGCACGCUCCAAACUCGCUCCUCUAAUCUACACACACCCUGAGGGUGCGAUCUUCAGCGAAGACUGCGGGGACACGACCUUCCAGCAGGAAUACGAAGAAGCAGAAAAGGCCGUCUGGGCCGAAAAUCACCGUUACAUAGCCGACACGGUCUGGCUCGGCCAAGACUCCGACAUGGUCAGCGUCUGCAAGGCGGCCUUCAUGGACAUCCCCGACUGUGGCGUGGCGUUUUGGGAGCCCAUGAACCCCGUGAGCAGGAGGCAUCCUCCCUCCAACGAUAUGGCCUUGAGUAUCACUACCGACAUCUAUAUCGCGUUGUAUGCCAUCCAUCCGGAUAGCAAGGACGAUGCGAAGAAUGAGGCGUGGGUGAAGAAACAGAUGGCCACCUUGACGCCGUAUGCGGUGGGUACGUACCUUGGGGAUCACGACAUUCAGAUGCGGGAGACGAGGUAUUGGUCCGAUGAGGCGGGGGAGAAGCCCAUGGCCAUUCGGAAGAAGUGGGAUCCAGAGGGGAGGAUUUGUGGAUAUCUGGAUAAGGGGGAUAAAUCGGGACGAGAUGGGUUGCCGAAUAAGCUACAUCAGUAG